GGUCAGACGUCAGGCAAGAUAUAAAAGAGACUGCAGCACAGCUGCUAGCAAAAGGGAACAGAUCCUGCCACCAGCAGCUACUUGUCCAACUACUGUGCUUAGGACUUGGGGAUUCUAAGGAUUUGUUUAAAGAUUCCAGAAGAUUUUGUGAGUCAUGGUUGCACAUGGAGGUCUCGUGUUGCCUUUGCUUGUGAUGACAAUCAGCCUCAAUCUCUGUAAUGCUCUCUGGAUCGACAACAGAGACAGACGGAUGCCUCCACCGGUUGUAUCAUUCCUGGACAAAAUAAGAGAUCUUGGAAGGCAGCAGUCAGGCGGGACAGAGAGACAAGUUGCGGAUGGUCAUAUAUCCACAGAGUUUAAUAAGGAAAUUAAGCCAAGAGACAAUUCCAUAAACAAUAUGGAUACUCAUAUAAGCUCCCGUCUUCAUCCUAGAGAAAAGCGUUAUAUCUCAACUAUAUCCAUGCGGGGCUGCCACCUGGGCACUUGUCAGAUACAGAACUUGGCCAGCAUGAUAUACCGCCUCGGAAACAAUAGCUAUAAAGAGGGCUCCAACAGAGAUACCAAGGAUCCUUUGGGAUAUGGCAGGAGACGCCGGUCAUUGCUACAGAAUAAAAAGAGAACGGACUUACCAGGGAUAUUACUGGCCACAUAAGAAGCAUUUUGUGGACCAUUACGCUUACUCCACAAAACCAAGAAUAACGCAGCAUGGAAUCUAACAAUAAGUAGAGCAGAAUUUGUGGUGUUUAGGACUUCCUGUGGAGUAAAACCAAAACCCUGCCUCGGGCACGGUCUCCUGGGUGGUCAUACUGCAAGCGACUAGUCUCAGAAGCAGGAGAUGAGUGUGUAGUGAAACUUUUAGUAGAAAGAUCUCGUCACUGACUUACUUUUAAAGAGCCGAGCUGUAUUCUCCAUUUCCAUGCUUUGUGAAACUACUAUAAUUAGGAGUAUCAUAUCAAGCUGUAGUGAGAUAACCUGCUUGUAAUCUACUGUGUAACUCAGUGUGCCAAAAAUAACAUCUCCACAUGAUAUUUAGAAUGAAAUUAAAUGCUUUGCUUUUUGCAGA